AUGGCUUCUCCUGACGACCACGUCCUUGAAAAGACUCCCUUGAACACUGCUGGUAGCGCAGAUAGCUCAUCAACUCCAGACUUCAAGGCGUCUGAAAGCCCAGCAGACACAAGCAAUGAAGCUGAGGCAGCACCGGAGCAGCAAUUUCCAGGCCCUUUCAAAUUUGCAUUGGUGACAUUUUCGUUAUGCCUAAUCAUCUUUGUUAUCACUCUGGACAGCACCGUCCUGGCAACAGCAGUCCCCGUGAUUUCUGACCAGUUCAAUUCCAUCAAAGACAUUGGUUGGUACAGUAGUGUAUAUUUCAUGACCACAUCAAUCACGCAGUUACUGUAUGGAAAGCUCUAUACUUGGUACCCCAUUCAAUAUAUCUACACAGUGGCCAUGUUAUUCUUCCUGGCUGGGUCGGCCAUUUGUGGCGCGGCUCCAAACUCUGUAGCCCUGAUUGUGGGCCGUGCUGUGGCAGGAAUUGGAUGCUCGGGCUUGCUUGUUGGCACCUUUUCUCUUGUGCCUUUCAUUGCCCAUCCGUCAAAGGCCCCUUUGUUCAUGGGAUUGGUUGGCGGCUCAAUGGGCAUUGGAUAUGCUACUGGGCCAUUGAUUGGUGGCGCCCUCACCGAGCAUGUCACUUGGCGAUGGAAUUUCUACAUUAAUCUUCCAAUUGGGGCGUUCAGUUAUGGCAUUUUUCUGCUAUUUGUGCGCCCACCCACACCCCAGACUAAGCCGCCUUCUCUGGUUGAAUUCUUCAAGGGAUUCGACUUCAUCGGCCUCAUUACCCUUACUGGAAGCGUCAUUUGUCUCCUCCUAGCGCUACAAUGGGGUGGGGCUACCUACCCCUGGAAUAGUGCCGCCGCUUGCCUCUUCUGCUUCUGUUCAAGUGGUGCCUCAUUCUUGCUGCUUUAUUAUAUUCCAAUUUGGUUCCAAGGAGCUCUAGGAACGAGUCCCUUCGGCUCUGGUGUGGACACCCUUCCUCUGGUCAUUGCCAAUGCCAUAUCCUCAUUGCUUGGCGGUAUUCUAAUCGGAAUGGUGGGGUACAUCUGGCCGUUCCUUGUUUUCUCCUCCACGUUCAUCUCCCUCGGAUCAGGCUUAUUCACCACAUUUACUAUUAACACCGGCACUGGAAAAUGGAUUGGGUACCAAAUCCUCUAUGGCUUGGGUAUGGGUCUUGCCGCCCAAACGCCCGUUAUGGUCGCUCAAAAUGUGCUUGAUUUGCCGGAUAUUCCGAUUGGAUCGGGCAUUGUGAUGUUUGUUCAGACUAUGGCAGGUGCAAUCCUCACUGCUGUUGCUCAAACUCUCUUCAUCAAUCACCUAGACCGAAACAUCCAAAAGACACAUGUCCCCGGUGUCGACACUAGUAAAAUCAUGAGCGGAGGUGUCACGACUCUGACCAAGGGGCUACAAGGGGCAGACAAGAUCACCAUCCUCGAAGCCUUCAAUAAGGCAAUGGUGGAUAUGUGGUUAUUGCCUCUGGCUUUGUGCUGCAUUAGUAUCAUUGGUGCUCUGCUCGUUGAGCGACGCAAAAUUCGGGGGCAGGAGAAGGAGACUAAGGAGGAGUCGGCGUCACCAUCGCCAUCGGUGGAGACUUGA